AUGGCCGAAUGGUUCGAUGAUACUUCGCCGUCUUCGUCCGACAGGGUUGCGCAAGAAAUCGUCGAUGAGAUCAAUAAGCAGAAGCAAUUGAUUGCUCAAAUGAUCUCCCAACCGGAGUCGGAACGUAUUAUUCACUACCGGUCUUACGUCUACCGUGAUCGUGAGGCUGCCCAUUUACGUCUUAUGCAAGACUACUUCAACGACAAUCCGAUGUACGGACCUACAUUUUUUCGACGGCAUUUUCGAAUGCAUAAGGAGUUGUUCUUGUGCGUCGUCGAUGCUAUGCAAGGUGAAGAUGGUUACUUCCGGAUGAGCCAUGAUGCUGUGGGCCGGGACUCUCUCACGCCUUUGCAGAAAUGCAUGGUGGCUAUUCGCCAAUUAGCCACCAGCGUCAGUACGGAUACUUUCGACGAGUAUCUAAACGUCGCCGACACGACGGAGCGUCUAUGCCUAAAGAAAUUCUGCAGAGCUGUCGUCCGGGCAUACGGUGCCGAGUAUCUUCGACGUCCUUCGACGGCGGACGUCCAAUGCCUUCUUCAGAUGCACGAGGUGCGACACGGAUUUCUCGGGCUGCUCGGGAGUCUUGAUUAUAUGCAUUAG